AUGUGGCCCUUCCUUAGCCGCGCCCUCUUCCCUCCCCCUACUGAGGCCUGGCUCCAGAGGGCUUCCUCAGACCCUGAGGCCCAGGGCUGGGGGGCCUGGAGCCCAGCUGAGAAGGCCCGUCUGGGCCUGGGGGCUGGCGGGGAGGAGGAGAUGGGGGAAGCUGAGGAAGACGAUGAGGAAGAUGCCGGCUUCCUGCUGUCUCUCUUGGAGAGGGAGGGCCUGGCUGAGUGCCCAGUGCCUGACCAGGAGCUGGAGGCCAUCAAACUGAAGCUGUGGGCCAUGGAGCAGGCCCAGGGGCCGGAGCCGCCCAGGGUGCAGGAACUGGAUGAAGAAGAGGAAGCUGCUGGGGCCUUGCUGGCCAGGCAGUUACUGAGUCCCGAGACAGACAGCCCCCUGGAGAAGGCUGCGGCUGACCACAGAUCCGUCUAUGUGGGCAAUGUGGACUAUGGGGGCACGGCCCAGGAGCUGGAGGCCUAUUUCAACCACUGCGGGGAGAUCCACCGGGUCACCAUCCUGUGCGACAAGUUCUCUGGACACCCCAAGGGCUAUGCCUACAUAGAGUUUGCCACUGAGAGUUCGGCCCAGGCCGCUGUGGAGCUGGACAAGAGCAUCUUUCGAGGCCGGGUCAUCAAGGUGCUGCCCAAAAGGACCAAUUUACCAGGGAUCAGUUCCACGGACCGCGGAGGCCUUCGAGGACACCCAGGCGCCAGAGUGGGAUCCUUCCCCCACAGCGGCCUCCAAGGCGGGGCCCGUUUCAGACAACGAGGGCGGAGCCGGGGACGCGGAAGAUUCUCACCGUGGUUUUCUCCGUAUUGA